AUGAAACCCAAACCCAGCCUCAUCUUCUUCUUAGUCUUCUCUAUUAGCUUUGUCUUACCGGUCCAAGGCUUUUUAUUAAGGGGCUGCAAAAUCAGCUACAACAUUGCAAUAUGUGAGAAGAGCAAACUCCGAACCGUUCCUCGAGAUAUUCCUCCGACAGUCACCGGCUUCGACUUAUCUGUGAACCAUCUCUCAAGGAUUCAGCCGUCGGAUUUCCCACAUUUCCCACUUCUGCUACGGUUAGACCUAAAUUACAACAACAUUUCACAGGUUGACAGUAGAGCUUUUGCCAAUUUGACUUCCCUUCAGAAGUUGAAUCUUAAUAACAACAAAGUUGCGAGACUGCAGGAGAAUGUUUUUAAGGGUCUAAACAACCUCUCUGAGCUGAGAAUCUCUAAUAAUCGCAUCAAGCACGUGGCAGCCACCUCUUUUGAGUCGUUGACGAGCUUAAAGUUUUUGGACAUUUCCCACAACAAGCUCCAAAAAGUGUCAAAUGUUCAUCUGAUAUUGCAGCAUCUGCCACGGCUACAGGAGCUGGUAGUUAAAGCCAACGAUUUAAAGACUUUUGAUUCACGGGAACUGACAAACUCUUCGCUAGAGCUUUGCGUCCUUGAUUUGUCUAAAAAUCCCUUAAAAGAAUUUAGAGUAAGUGCAGAUGUCUUCCCAAAUCUCACCCGCUUUUACAUCGGCAGCUCUUCCAGUAACAAACCGAUGAUGUGGGACGUGAGGAACACGACCUUCCUGAGACAAGUGUCCAGGCUUGACAUCAGCGAGCUACAAAUGUCUCUUAAAGACAUGAAAUCGCUGUUUGAAGGCGUGAACUCGUCGCUGACUGCCCUGAAGAUGAACGCCAUGAAGCACAACCUGAGCGCCAUCGUCAACAUGUCCUGCACCGUCCCAACCAUGUCCACGCUGCAGUUUCGACGCAACAAUCUCAAAUUCCUCAGUCCCAUUUUCUUCAAACUGUGCGUUAACGUGACUGAGUUGGAUAUAGCGGAAAACAGGAUCGGCUCUAUUUCCGACAAUGCCUUCACGUCCCUUGAUAGUUUGAGGGUUUUGUGUCUGAGUCGCAACAAACUUUCAUGGGUUCCGCCCGCCGCGAGGAGCAUACGGAGCUUGUCCAAGCUGGACCUCAGCACCAACAACAUCAGCAGACUGGAAUGCCACGACUUCGCCAAUAUGACGAGGCUCACGGAGCUAAGUCUCUACCAGAACUCGAUCUCGGCUCUGAGAGAGUGCUUUUUCAAGGAUUUGGUUCGGCUGCAGGUUCUCCGAUUGCAAAACAAUAAAAUAACCAAAUUAGACCUUACUUUCAAAAGGAUUUUACCAAACCUCAAACGGUUACAUCUGAAUGGAAAUAAACUAACGACUAUCCAAAACCUUGAAUUUAGAGGCUUGCAGUCCCUUCUGAACUUAUCAUUGCAUUUUAAUGAAAUAAAGAGUCUCCAUAAGGAGAGUUUUGAUGGACUGACCAGUCUUACUGAUAUUCAGCUGCAGAACAAUGCCAUCACAAUGAAGGACGUAAACACGGGUGCCUUCAAUGCUCUUACUAACCUAAGAAGACUGGAUUUAAGCGAAAAUCGCAUCAAGUAUGACAAAAGUGAAAAACUGCCUCAUCCACCAUUUUCCAAACUCAGCCAUCUGGAGGAGUUGUCUAUCCCCGGACAGCACUACCGCGGGAUGUCUAACCUGCCCAUGAACUUCCUGCAAGGCUUAACAAACCUUUCGCUUUUCAGAGUCAGGAACAUCCAUCUUCAGUCCCUGCACAAAGACACGUUCAAGUACACGCCCAAGCUGGAAAGGCUUGACAUCAGCGCAAAUGAGCUUGAGCUCCCCAAUCCACAAUUAUUUUCCCCGAUUCCAAACCUUAAAAGCCUCUACAUCUCCAGAACGACUUUCCAGUCGCUAGAUUUCUUGAAAUACGCCAACCUGACUGCGCUGGAGUUCCUGCAGGCCAGAAAGAACCAGUACUCAGUCAUCACAGAAGACGUAAUGAGGGCCCUACCAGCUCUGACUUUUCUUGAUUUUCAGGGGAAUAGUUUCACCUGUGACUGCGACAACGCCUGGUUCCUCAACUGGGUAGAAACCGACAAGCAAACGCAGGUCUAUGACGGCUACAACUUUGAGUGCAACUACCCGGAGGAUUUUAAAGGGCAAAAGUUGUUGUCGUUUGACCCAAAGUCCUGCUCAGUGGACAUUGGUUUCAUCUGGUUCAUCUCUACCACAUGUUCAACCAUCUGUUUUAUGCUGGUGUGCUUCACCUACCAUUUCAUGAGGUGGCAGCUGGUCUAUGCCUAUUACCUCUUUGUGGCUUGGCUCUUUGACACAAAGCAUAGGAAUAAGCAGGCUCCUAAUAGAUACGACGCCUUUAUCUCCUACAACAACCAAGAUGAACAAUGGGUGAUCGAUGAGCUUUUACCGAAGCUGGAAGGCGAGCAGGGCUGGAAGUUGUGUCUGCACCAUCGAGACUUUGAACCAGGGAGGUCAAUCCUAGAUAAUAUCACAGACGCCAUCUACGGGAGCAGGAAGACCAUCUGCGUUAUCAGCGACAGAUACCUGGAGAGCGAGUGGUGCUCCAGAGAGAUCCAGGCCGCCAGUUUCCGUCUCUUCGAUGAGCAGAAGGAUGUGCUGAUCCUGGUGUUCCUGGAGGAGAUUCCCUCCUAUCGGCUGGCUCCGUACCACCGCAUGAGGAAGAUACUGAAGAAGAAAACCUACUUGAGCUGGCCGAAAACCAGAGAGCACCCGGAGGUGUUCUGGGAGAAACUGCGCCAGGCUUUGAAAAGCACAGAUGUGAUGGAGGACAACGGCAUCCUCCUCAAUGUGCAAGAGAUUCAGUGA